AUGAUGCUUUAUUUCGAUGGGGAGAAUUUACGUCGUUGUGGUCACGUCAGAAAGUUGGAAGGAAGAAGCCGAGGUUGGCGCGGUAGCGGUGCGUGAAGGUUGAUGAGGCACCCGCCAUGGCUAUGGAGGCUGCGGAGUUCAGCUUCCUGUGGGAACCGACUAUCAAUUCUGACGUGCUUCGCCUUAUUCUCAGCCGCUUGCCGCUCUCCUUGAUUGCCAGGACCGCUUGCGUUUGUCGUAGCUGGUACAUAGUCGCCACAGAUCCAGAAUUGCUCAUGGGGUGCUUCAAGGUGGAGUGGAAGCUUGCGGACGUGGUUGGUAAGCCAUCGGGAAAGCAAUUCUUCGACCGAGGGUUGCAUCGGUUCGCAAUUUCGCAUCCUCUGCAACGAUGGGAUACUGUGGACAGCUUGGCGGUGAAGUAUGAUGUCGAGGCUUCCGAGAUUAGAAUGCUCAAUAGAAUGAGCAGCGAUCAUGACGUACAUCGCCGCAAACGGCUGUUGAUACCGGUAAAAAAUCCGCAGCUUCUGGCUGGGAAGAUAUGCUACAUUGAGUCCGAUGAACACUCGAAGUCCGAAAUGGCAGUGUUAUAUUUGCAAGGAGAACGAAACAAAUCCGAAAACGCUCAAAGAAUUGUUGAAACAAAUAUUUUUCAAGGCGCAAGCAGUUCAGCAGGUCCUAGAAUGGACCAAGUCAGCGCAAUUCCAGAUGUAUUAACUGAAAUUAUGACAGAAAGAGGUGAUAUGGGAGGAAGUCAUGCUAGGUUUCGAGAAAGAGUUGUAGAUAAGGCAAGCUAUUUUACAAACGCUCAAGAAAAGGGUAAGCAAAUUGAAGGUUUUGAGAACAGAAUUUUUCCGAAUCAAAAGGUUGAGGGCAACGCUUCAGCUUUCACGGAUGAUUUAUGGAGGAUAAUCUUGGAGCUCUUGCCAGUCACUGCGCUGGGGCAGGCUGCAUGUGUGUGUCGCCUUUGGCACACCAUCGCAACUGAGCCUGCUGUGUUAGCAGCUGCGUUCAUGGCACCUUGGGGACUGAAUAAGGUUGUUGGAACCCCGCUUUCCAAAACCUUUUGGCGCGGCCAGCUAGGACAGUUUGUUAUAUCUCACGCACUGCAACGUCAGGAUACAAUUGCAGGCUUGGCUGUGAAGUACGGAGUGCAGGUGCAAGGGAUCCGAAGAGUUAACAAUAUGAUGAGCGACCAUGGUAUUCAUUCGCGGGAGCGUUUGUUGAUCCCAGUCUCCAGGCCUGAGUUACUUGUGGGGCAAACCUGCUUCAUUGAGAUGGACGCCCACGCCAAACGAGAGGUUGGAGUGCUGUAUCUGGAUGGGUCAAAACCCAACAGGAAGGACGCUGCGCGUGCUGAAGCUCGGGCACAACGCAGGCUGAAGACAGAAGUCAUGGAAUCCUUGAAGAGGAGUAUGAGGGUCGACGACAGUACAGCUCAGUAUUAUCUCGCUCUUGCUGAAGGAGACGUUCGAGGUGCCCUGCAGGAGUUCAGCGAGGACCUUCAAUGGGAACGCACAGCACAAUAAGCUUGUGCUGUAGCUUUCAACGGAUCUCGCACAUUGCAAAUGGUACUUAUUCCUGCCAGCUGCACAUGACAGUAAUUGAAGUAGUAGUUCUAUCAGAUUGUAAAUACCCAUUCAAACUACCACCGUACUGCGUCUCAUAUUUACCCAUUUGACUUGACGACCAUUCAUAUCAACAGCUCAAAAUGUGGUGUUUAUGCAAUUAUAUCAUCAUACAAGCUGAAACUCUUUCACGACCAAGGAACUGAUUUCCUGUGUAAAAGUUUUGUGUUACAGGGUUAUCAGAGCAACAGCAUUGAGAAUCUAUUGCUUAACGUAUCUAGUAGUAAACCAUGUUGAAUAGAUGUUGAAACAAUUUUGAUUCUGCAGGCUUACCUCUCAGCUCACACCGCCACGUCGAGGGGCUGCAGAACGGACACAUAGUUCCGUUAUCAUUUCUACGCUUAAAAACCCCUAUUUUCACUGACCAGGCGUUCCUCUACAUUCGGCAGUCAAUGACAUUCUGUACUUAAAGGAGAGAUUAGGUUCUUAUAAUUGUUGUAUACCUGUCUCGGAAAUUUUAAGUUGCAACGCAAUUUCAUAAAGGCCAAAACAUUUGUUCCAGGAGCGAAUCCUACAGUAACUGCUAGAUCAUUUGUUAAUCUCUA